GCCAGUUGUGAUGGAAGUAGAUACUGGAGCAGCGGUCUCUAUUAUCUCAAGUGAACUGUACAGAGAUAAAUUGAGUCACCUUAGACUACGGCAUACUAAUGUUGUCCUCAAGACAUACACAGGCGAAGUAUUCCUCCAGAAGGUGUCAUCAAGGUGCGUGUCAAAUUAAACAGACAAAGUGUACGCUUACCCUUGUAUGUUGUUGCAGGAAAAGCAGCCCCUCUGUUGGGACGAGAAUGGCUUCGCAGAAUUCGUCUAGACUGGCGUGAGAUCAAAACUAUAAAAACAGUACAUCAGACUAAUGAAGAGGCGCUGAACAGUCUACUAAAAAAAUAUGCAAAAGUAUUCAAAGAAGAUUUAGGGACAUUCACAGGAUAUGCCGCUACCUUGAAUAUGAAACCAGAAACUCAGCCAAGAUUUUUCCAAGCACGAGUGGUACCGUACGCCAUCAGACCCAAAGUGGAAGAAGAAAUUGAGCGUCUGCUGAAACAAGGUAUAAUUUCACCUGUUCGUUUCAGUGAAUGGGCAACCCCGAUAGUGCCGGUAAUCAAAAAAGGUGGCAAUGUUAGGAUAUGUGGUGACUUCAAAAUAACUGUGAACCCAGCACUUUGUGCAGAACAUUACCCACUACUCCGAAUAGAAGAUUUAUUUGCUUCACUGGCUGGGGGACAGAGAUUUAGUAAGCUAGAUCUUUCACAUGCUUACCUGCAGAUUCCUGUACAUGAGGAUUCACGCAAAUAUCUUACAAUCACUACUCACAAAGGAAUGUUCAUGUACAACAGAUUACCCUUUGGUAUCACCUCAGCUCCAUCGAUAUUCCAACGAGUAAUGGAACAAGUGCUGCAGGGACUACCGUCGGUUCACUGUUUCCUGGACGAUAUCUUGAUCACAGGAAAAGACGACGCUCAUCAUUUGGAAAACCUAGAGGCUGUUUUAAGUCGGCUGGAGAAAUGUGGACUUCGUGUGAAACGAGAGAAAAGUGAGUUUUUCAAAAGUUCACUAGAGUAUUUGGGACAUGUUAUCGAUGCUUCAGGGCUUCACAAAUCUCCAGACAAACUGCGUGCUAUUGAGGAAGCACCAGCCCCUGUGAACGUUAGCCAACUCCGAUCAUUUUUGGGAUUGGUUAAUUAUUACGCAAGAUUUGUACCCAACCUCGCUACAAUUCUCCAUCCCUUAAAUGCAAUGCUGCAGAAAGAGGUAAAAUGGAAAUGGUCUCUGGAGUGUGAGAAAGCAUUCCAGGAGGCUAAGGCUCAACUGUUAACACCUAGUGUACUCACACACUAUGAUUCAAGACUCCCAGUUCGCCUGGCUUGUGAUGCUUCGCCCUAUGGGGUGGGAGCAGUACUUUCACACAUGAUGCCGGAUGGACAGGAAAGGCCUAUAGCUUUCGCGUCUCGAACCCUGAGUAAAUCUGAGCAAAAUUAUGCACAACUAGAGCGCGAAGCACUGGGACUAAUUUUUGGAGUAAGAAAGUUUCACACUUAUCUAUAUGGACGUCAUUUGACAUUAUUAACAGAUCAUCGUCCACUAACCACCAUACUCCAUCCCAGCAAAGCAACACCAUCUAUGGCUGCUGCAAGACUUCAAAGGUGGGCUCUUCUAUUGGCUGCACAUAACUACACAAUUCAGUAUAAGAGUGCCAAUGACCACGGAAAUGCUGAUGGUUUAUCUCGAUUACCACUACCAGUAGAGCACAAGGACAAGAAAGAUGCUGUGGAAAUUUACCUCAUCAAAAAGAUGGAUACACUUCCCGUGUGCAGUAGUGACAUCAGGAAAGAAACCAGGGCAGAUCCGAUUCUCUGUCGUGUAAAAGAGAUGGUGUCCACAGGAUUAUUUCCACCUACAAAAGACUCAGAAACUGUACUAAAACCAUACCUCAUGAGAAAAGAAGAACUCUCAUUGAUGCAGGACUGUUUGAUGUGGGGACAACGAGUUAUUGUUCCAUCGAACCUAAGACAACGAGUUUUAGAGGAUUUACACACAGGACAUCCAGGUGUUGUGAAAAUGAAGGCUUUAGCACGUAGCUACAUCUGGUGGCCAAACAUUGAUUCACAAAUUGAGGAAAAAUCAAAGACUUGUUUAUCCUGUCAACAAAAUCAAAAAGCUCCAUGUCUUUCACCGCUACAUCCCUGGUCAUGGCCAGAAGCUCCAUGGCAGCGAAUCCAUAUCGAUUUCGCAGGACCAUUCGAAGGACGAAUGUUUCUAGUUAUCGUUGAUGCACAUUCAAAAUGGCCAGAAGUUCAUGUGAUGGAUUCAACAACCUCAUCUAAGACUAUCCAAGUUCUGCGUGGUGUUUUCAGUCGUUACGGGAUACCAGAGACCCUGGUAAGCGACAACGGCCCACAAUUUACAUCGGAGGAAUUUGCAUCUUUUCUCAAAGCAAACGGUGUACGACAUGUGCGCUCUGCACCAUUCCACCCAGCCACAAAUGGUCUGGCUGAACGUUUUGUACAGACUUUUAAACAUUCCCUGAGGUCAUCCAAAGAGCCAAUUCCAUUGCAACAGAGACUGGACUCUUUCUUGUUACAGUACAGAAAUACACCACAUAGCACGACGAAAGAAACACCUGCAAUGUUAUUCUUACAUCGCAGAUUGAGGACACGCCUGGAUUUACUGAAACCAAGUGUGAAAGAGACUGUGGAGCAGGCACAAAAUGUUCAGUGUUCUUACCGUUCCCUCCAUGCAAAACACAGAGACUUUCACGUUAGCGAUUCAGUGCUGGUUAUAGAUUAUCGACGGGGGGAGGAGAAGUGGAAAACUGGUACUGUGUCUUCUCAAUCAGGACCAGUGUCAUACACGGUCCAGGUAGACAAUUCCCAGAGCUGGAAAAGACAUGCAGAUCAAAUGUUAGACUGUCAUCCAGAAAUCACAAAAAGCACAGAAACACUUCCAGCAGAAAACAAUGUGUCACAAACAUUUGAUGAUAAGGGACAAGAACUAUCUUUAACAUCUCAUGAAACUGAAACCAAUGUUCCAGAUCAGCAUGUAACCAAGCUUACAGAAACAUCUAUUACUGAUUCACAAAAUGUUCGAAGAUUUCCUGUUAGAAACCGUAAAGCACCUAAUCGACUUGAUUUGUAAAGUGUUUACCUGUGGUAUAACCAGUUAAAGUGUUUUACAUGUGAGAUACCCAGUUAAGAAAGUGUUUACAUGUAAAUAAGUGGAAUAUUACCUAAUGGUGUUACAGUAACUAAUGGUUGCCAACUAACUGUUAUUUUCUAAGUUGAAGUGUUGUUAUAAGGUAAACAAAGAUUAUGUGAGAGAGUGAUUUAAGAAGGGAGGAGAUGUGAUGUAUUUGA